UGGAGAGAGUUUAAGGACAGACUAGCUGGCCGGGCAGAAUAGGGCAGACCGGCCCCUUGCAGUGGGUUUCAGGCAGCUUUACACGGUACAUAGUGAACAUAUAGUUGAAGGAAGACGAUCAGGAUGCCGCUGAUGCUUGAGUUAAAAUACGAAUACUUCCCGAACACGUGGCCGGGAAGGAUAAAGCUUGGAGAACUGGUUUUGGGAUUAUUGUGCAUGAUGUGCGCAGCUCCUGCUUAUUAUGCCACGCAACAUUGGUUUCUACUAGUUGUUACAUUUGCAUUCAUAGGUUCUUUGUUUUUCUCUGUGUACUAUUUAUGUCUGGCUGAACCCCUCAACAAGCUGGGAGUAAACUGGGUGAUGGCGGAGUUCUGGUUUACAGCUGGCAGCACAUUCUUCUAUUUCACCGCCUUCCUCGCUCAGCUCGUCGACUUCGCCGGGUGGGAGGACGAGGAGUUUCAGUACUGGAUAGAUGCACAGAUAACAGCUGGGGUAUUUGGACUUAUGAACACUGUACUGUAUGGUGCCGGUGGCUACCUAAUCUAUGUAGACUGGCAACGAAACCCUACUGGUCUUGCCCCAACUCCUACCCCAGCAUAAAAGGCUGUGAUAACUGAUCAACCAAACCAAAUUUAGCUGUCGUCUUCCUCAAAAAAUGCGUAAAUUCUGUGUAAGCUUCACAAAGACGCGGCAUCAUCAAGAAAUAAGAACACUCACAACCAACCCACUGCCAAGCCUUGUGACUUUAUAACUUAGAGCUUUGGAGAAAAUUUUUUUAAUAGAUGUACCAAAUAGGCUGACAACCCACUCUGAAAAAUAAAAAAUUUAGAAUAUUGUGUGAAAGGUUGUACUAUGUACAUGAACCCUGAACUUGAGAGCGAAAUAGUGAUCUAAAAAGAUUUGGUAGAAUAAAGGAAUGAAUGAUUUA